AUGAGCAGCGCAGACCGGAGGAUCUGUACGUCUGCAAGGCGCAGCAUCGCGGUCCGAUUAUCGUCGAAGCAUUCACAGUCCGAAGGUCCGUUUGCUGAGGUCACGGGGUCAGUUCGAAGCCGAAAGCUGGAGAGAGAACCUCAAACGAUGCACAGCAACGGCGAUGUCGCCGUAGACCGCGGGGCACUUGCACUGCCUCGGACAGGAUCAGAAGAACACAUGACCGACUUUCUCACGUCCACACCUCUUCGUCUAGCCUCAGACGACGCUUCUUACCUGGCGUGUGCGGGGGCGACAUGA